AUGGAAGUUGAGAACGAGCCGAUCGCUGCAGCAGCCGGUUGCAGCGUUCCUACGGCUUCAUCUGAGCAGUCUGUUACGAUUCCUGAGCCUUUUAAAGGCUGGACUGCGAAGGCCGUCAAGGAUUUUCGGUUCGAUUUAAAAAACUACCUGAAGGCGAAGUCCAAGCUUAAGAAGAUGAAGACUCUCGACAGCCAAGUCGCUAAGGAUAAGUUCAGGAAGAUCAAGGUGCAGUGCAUCGAGAAAGCUCGGUCUGAAAUCGCCACCGCCAAGGACGACAUCAAAGUCCAGGAGUUGCUGAGGCAGAAGUCCCGCGAAGCCGAGGAAUUGAAGAAAUCUGCUGCCGCUGAGGAGAUGACUGGCAUGGAGACAGGGCCGACGAUCGACGAGAUUGUUCGUCAGCAGGUGCAGAAGGCGAAGGCUGAGAUCCGCAAGGAAGUUAAGGCGGAGUUCGAGGCCACCCUAUCGGCGAAGCUGAAAGCGUUUUCGUUAGUCAAGCAGGAUGCAUCUAUGGCCCCCGCAGCUGCUAAUUCUAAGCCGAAAAGGGCGAAGAAGAAGCGUGGCGGCAAGAACAAGAAGAAAGCCAACACUCCCACGAACAGCAAGGAGAAGGGCCCUGAGACUACACCGUCGACCUCGAAAAAGGCCUGGGUUCCAAAAAACGGCGGCGGCGGCCCCGCAAAAGGGCCGCUAAAGAAGAAGUAA